GCUCGAACAUGGACUCAUAAUGACUCCUUUUAAGAGACCCUCCUUUUACUAAUCUCUUCCCUUUGGCCCGAAAAUGAUUGCUACAUUACACUUCCAAUCCUGUGUUGUAUUAUAUGAGAAACCAUGACGGUCAUCACCAAAGCCCGUCGCUAUAUAGAGCUACUGGAUACGGCAAGGUGCAAUGGAAAUUGGCAUGAAGUCCCCGAUAUCCUUCGAAAGAUAUCGAAACAUGCCCCUACGGAGAAGGCUCUACUCCUAGUGGCGGAAACCGAGUUGCAAAUCGUUAACCAUGUGAAGAAGCGAUCUGAAAGUACCACUUCUUCCGCUGCGCAGGAUUCAGAACACCUCCUCGGACGGAUAUCCCCUGUGUUAUCCGUAAUAGAAGAAGGGGCGGAUGUCACACAGAAUACCUUUCAGGCCCAGGUGUGUCUUAGUUGGCUGCAUUGGGAAUUAUCUGAACCGGAGUCAGCCGCCAGUUAUCUGCCUCAGGAUCUUCAUAAUGUCGUCAGUUUGCUCUCGGGAAACGGGGAGGUGUUGUCACCAUGGACCGAAGUCUGUAUUGUGAAGGCUGGCUAUUUGAAAGGUGCUGCCCUGGAAUCAUUGUCUGGCGUCGAAGUCGCGGUGGAAGCAAUGAAACCCCUAGCCGCCCGAGUUUCCAUUCCUACGUCGAAUGCCCUGUUAACCCCGCAAUAUCUGUUCUGGUCCGAGCGUCUUUUAGCAAAGACAGCAGGAUGUACUGGGAAGAUUGUUACAGCUCAGGGUUCGCAAGUGACGGAAUCUACUAUCGAGUUCGCAUUGCAAUCAUUUCGUGCGUGGGCAUCCCACUGUGAGGUGAAGCAAGGUGACCCGGCGUCAACGACAGAUUCUAGUGAUGCCUCCGCCAAGUCAGGCCCCAAGGCUUCAACAUGGCGCGCAUACUACGAUCUCCUUUCCCACAUCCUACAGAAAAGACUCCCUUAUAUCCCUUCCUCGGAAGGUCCAAAGCAAGCCCAGCUUGUUUCCGAGUUUAGGCGCGUGGAAACGAUAUGCGAGAAUGCUCUGCUCAGAAACGCGAAAUUCCCGAAAGCCAGUUCCUCAAAUCAUGAGGUUGAACUCUGGGUGGAGCAGGUUGUCCGGAAUUGGCAGAUCUUGUGCGGUCCGGAAUGGCAAGACGCAGAUUUCGGGAAAGGUGGACGGGACGCGUUAUCUCGUAAUGUGCUUGAUAUCCUUUACCGUGCAGCGACGAAGACGUUCCACUCAACCUUGAUAUUACGGCGCCUUUUCCAAGUGCACUCGGCAUUGGCCGAAUUCGACCUUGCUAUGAGGGCCCUGGAAACAUAUAUUCACCUUGUUGACACUGCCAAAGCUCGAGCGAAACAAGCUGGUAAACCGACUAAGGAAAUUGAAGAUGUGAAUACCUUCGUCCGUACCUUGUCAGAUGGGAUCCUAUUGGUGUGCUGUUUUGGUACCUACCAGAGAGCCGAAAAGGCUAAGCAGUUAACAAAUCUACUCGAACACGCCUUAACAAGUGAAGGCGAUGAUAAAUGCCCCUCUCCACAACUGAACGGCAUGAGCUCGCCCAAGAAUAAUGAAUUAUUACCGGUGACGCUCGCCGGCGCAUACCGAGCUAUUGGUAUUGGAUUGGCAAAUUGGUCAAGAUGGACUGCGGAAACGGAAACCCGACGUGACUUACAGAAUUCAGCCAUAUCGUCGCUGGAGGCAUCUUUGGCGGAGGAAUUGGGCCAGGACAUGAACCCGGCUUCUAUCUUUGCAUUGAGUUUGAUGCUUGCAGAGACCAGAGAUCUAGGUGGUGCAAUUGAUCGGGUACGACUUGCUCUAAGCUCCGCGGACGUGAUGGGGCAUGGGCUUCUGAAUUCAGAUCAAAUAUCAUACACCGGCGAGAGAGACCUCGUUCCGUUAUGGCAUCUUCUUGCUCUUCUCUUAACCGCGCGCGAAGAGUUCGAAACCGCUAAUCAUAUUUGUGAAGCGGUUCUUGAUACGGUGAUGGCAGGUGAUACCCACGACGGAAAAACACACUCAGGCGAGCAGCACCACGAGAAAUAUUCCCAUCCUUCAACGGAUGCCGGCGGCAAGCACAACGACACAGUAUUUGAAGAUACAGAGCUCCGGAAGAAGGAAAGUAUGCUUGAACUGCGAAUGACUCAGCUCUCCCUGAUUGAGGUUCUGCAUGGACCUGAGGCUGCCAUUAACCAUGCCGAAGAACUGCUAGGACAUUUUGGUCGCGUUUUCGCAAACAUAGGUUUUUUGGAGCCAGAUCAAAAGCAAAAAGCCGAGCAUCUUGCCCCUCCGAGAAGUUCAGGUGGGGUUCGCAGUAUUCGAGGUAGCCUUUUCGGCCGAAAAAGGGUCCAAAGGGAUUUUGAUCACGAAUCUGGCUUUGGUAUGGAUGGCAGCUCUCCGCCAAGGGAUCGUUCCGUUUCUGAUUGUUCGGUGGAUGGUUCUAAGCCACCCAUUCAAGUAACCGAUGAAAACAUGAUUGGUUUUAAAGAAAGACCACAAACUGCCAUGACUAGGUCGAGCUCUUUUCGUCUCAAGGACGGCCGCCAACCACAAAAGUUACACCGGAGGGAAGGUAGUAUCGGCAAGGCCAUCCGCCAUCGAAGCUUGGAAAGACAUUCAAAAUCACAACUCCAUCCACAUAAACCACAGCCAGAUCCAACGGAAGCCAAGGUUCAGGACGUGUCAACUUCGCCUCCCUAUAUGCAAUCGCCAACCGCCAAGCACAAUGGUUCGGUGUCCGCGAGGCAGAGCUUGCCGCCCGUUGCUCACAACACGAAAUACACCAAGGAGCCUCCUCCAAUUGGCCACCGGCAACAGCCACCUCUUCAGGAUAUCCGGCUACCGACCGCUGGUCGUCAUGGUAUUCAAGCGAAAACUUCAACGAGGUUUUCCAAGGAUCACAUUCAAAGGCAGGCGCUCGGUCUCCUUACUAAAAUAUGGCUUUUUGUGGCAGGUCUUUAUAGGCGCGCUGGUUUAUUUGAGGAUGCUCUUGGGUCCUGGAAUGAGGCUAAGCAGCAGGCGCAACGUGUUGAGGAGCUUGUUGCUAAACAAGAGUCAUCCGCAAAAGCGUUUGCCGAUCCAGGUUGGGGAGGAGCCAAGUCGUCUGAUGAGCUCUGGGCGGAUGUCUAUGCUGAACGUGGAUACAUCUCUCAAGCCCAGUCUCAACCCUUUGAAGCUAUGGAGCAAUUUGAGGAGGCAUUAAUAUACUUUCCAGAUCAUAUCCGAGCGACAGUGGGACUGGCAAAUCUCCUACUUGACAUAUGGGAGCAAAAGCUGCCCACUGAAAAGCCAGAGGUGUCGAGUCUACCUGAUGUUUCCAGUCUCUCACUCUCAACCCUGGACGUUUCAUUGCAUGGAAACGGUAUGGCGAAGGGAACAUCUAAGCCCGCUCCACCACCAUUAGACGAUAAGGAUUCCCCGGAGUAUCUCGACCGCCUUGCUGCGCGAGAUCGAGCCUAUGGUCUGUUGUCUGCGUUGACAAAGCUGGGAACUGCCUGGGAUGAUUCCGAGGCAUGGUUUGCCCUGGCGAGAGCUUACGAACAUUCGGGCCAGAUCCAAAAGGCCAAGGACGUCCUUUGGUGGUGUAUCGAUCUUGAAGACCGGCGACCAGUUCGACAUUGGUGGAACGUUGGAUCCGGUGGAUACGUUCUGUAA